GCGGCGCCUGCGCGGGGCCGUGGCGGAGCUCCGCGAAGUUGCGUGGGGGCCCGGGGAAGUUUGCAGCGCUGGGCGGCGGCGGGGCGGCGGGGCGGCGGCUCCCGCUCCCGCACCCGCUCCCGCAGCGCUCCGCGCCCCUCCCGGCGCGGCCAUGGCUUUCCGCCGGCGGGCCAAGAGCCACCCGCUCUUCAGCCAGGAGUUCCUCAUCCACAACCACGCCGACAUCGGCUUCUGCCUGGUGCUCAUCGUCCUCAUCGCCCUCAUGUUCGAGAACUGGCUGCUACGAGCUCAGGGACAAAGCAGAGGACAGGUCCUGAUGCUGAUGUAUGGGAUGAUGGUUACAGCCAAGACUGCCUUCCUCUUUAUCUUACCUCAGUAUAACGUUAGUGUGCCUACAGCAGAUGGGGAGCUGGUCCAGUAUCACUAUGGGCUGAAGGAUCUGGUCACCAUCCUCUUCUACAUCUUCAUCGCCAUCAUCCUGCAUGCGGUUGUGCAGGAGUACGCCCUGGACAAAAUCAACAGGCGUCUCCAUCUCUCCAAGGUCAAACACAGCAAGUUCAAUGAAUCAGGACAGCUGGUUGCCUUCCAUCUCACCUCCGUGAUUUGGUGCUUGUACGUCGUGGUGACGGAAGGAUACAUAUCAAACCCUCGGAGUUUGUGGGAAAACUACCCGCAUGUUUAUCUUCCGUUCCAGGUGAAGUUUUUCUACCUGUGCCAGCUGGCAUACUGGCUGCACGCCCUGCCGGAGCUCUACUUCCAAAAAGUUCGCAAGGAGGAGAUCCCCCGCCAGCUGCGGUGCAUCGCGCUCUACCUGGUGCACAUCGCCGGCGCGUACCUCCUCAACUUAACCCGCCUGGGGCUGAUCCUCUUGCUGUUGCAGUACUUAGCUGAAUUCUUCUUCCACAUGGCCCGGCUGGUCUACUUCACAGAUGAGAACAACGAGAAGCUGUUUAACGUCUGGGCUGUCGUGUUCGUGAUCACCAGGCUCUUCACCCUCACCCUGUACAUCCUGGUCAUUGGCUUUGGGCUGCCCCGGGUGGAGAACCAGGCCCUCGACCCUGAGAGAGGGAACUUGUUCAGCUUUCUCUUCAACAAUAUCCUCUUCAGAAUGAGUGUGCUGCUGUUGGUGUGCCUCUUCCAGGCCUCGGUGAUGUGGCGCUUCAUCCACUUCCAGCUGCGGCGCUGGCGGGAGUACUGGAACGAGCAGAGCAGUCGGAAGCGAGCAGCCGCCGGCGCCAAGCAGCAAGCCAAGCCACUCAAGAGGGACUCGGGUUACCAUGAAAAUGGAGUGGUGAAAGCGGAGAACGGCACCUCGCCACGAACCAAGAAGCUGAAAUCACCGUAGAAGCAAAGGCUUGUCUCCUGUGGAGGAGGGCGAGAUACCGGGACUAAGAAGCAGCCCCUCCUCCCAGUCCUCACAAGCAUCGUCUGAACGGCUUGGAAACUGGUCAUCUUCCCAAGGUGUCUCUCACUCUCCUCCCUUCCUUUUUUACUCUCUUGAACCAUUUGCAAUAAAACCAAAAAGGUCCCUUUCCCCUGCUCCCUUUCCCUCGUAGGAGCCUUUUCCAGCCCUCCUCGUUUUGCCUCCCUCUGUUUCAUCGUAAAUCAGUGUGCAAUUUUUUUCUUUUCUAUUUUAGUGUUUGGUUAUUUUGGAUUAUUGUUAAAAAUGCAUCGUAGAUGGUUCCAAACAAUCCUUUUUUUCUUCUACAGCAUGUUUCUCCCCUCUCUCUGUGGUGCUUCCCUGAACCCCGAGGUCAGCCUGACACGUGCCUGUUAUGGGAACAGGCUCCUGGGGGAAUGCGCUGGGGCUCUGUGACCCUGAGGCUCAGGAGUGCUCUCGGGCCAGGGUUCCUCUCCAGGGGCAAGUGCCACAGGAUGGUGGUGCUGCAAAUAAGAGACCAGGGUCCAAGAGAGGAACCUCAACCGGGUCUUGCCUCAUGGUGGACCUCUGGUUAAGUGGGUUUUUUCUGUCCUCUGGUUUUGAGCUAAUUUUGGAGAGCUGGGCAACAGAGAAGGGAGAGAAUUUCCCUCUUCAUAGAAGAUCAGUCUCCUAGCCUUUCCUUGCCCCAGCUCUUCUGGUACAGCUGGGUCCCUCUUACCCUCUUGGCUGCAGGUGUGCUGUCCUUUAGUUGUUCUGGACCUCCCAGCCCCAAGAGCUGGGCUCGGGGCUCACUGUGCCUUGUCAUGGGGCAGCAGCAACCUCAGGUCCACAUGAAACCUUGAGUCCUGCCCCGCUCUGAGCGCUGGCCUGGCUCCUGUCAGCCCAGGCCCUUUGCCAGCUUGUGUGUCCCUCGUGGACCUGGUAUUCUCAUGGCUCAUGGCCACGUCCAGAUGACAAACUGGCUGCUGCAAAGGGGUUUUGCAUCAAUGGGACUAUGCCCCUCAUUGCUGUCACCUUAGCCUUCCUCAUCCCUACCAUACCAGUCCAGCCAUGCCAUCGGCAGCCACCAGCUUCACUCUUUUUUUUUCCAAAGGAUACAGAGCUUGUAUCCACACAAGGUGCUAUCAAAUGCAGGUUUUCUUUCAAAAAACCUACUCCCUUCAUCCCUUUCUGAGCUGUGAAUGAGAUGACAGGGAAGGGGAAGGAAGCUGGGGCUGCAAGGAGCAGCUUGCAUAUUAGGAAAAGCCUGACCUGUGACGCAUAGCUGUUGGCAGAUGGAGUUGUCUCAAAUCUACCUCAGAGGCCAUCUGUUGCUGCAGACCCCUUUCGCCUCUCGCUCCUGCCCGCUGCCACCUGUACGUGGUGGCAGGAGAUUCGUGGGAACCCCAGAUCCCACCAGCUCAGUACCCUGCUGCCUCUUUGCUGGGGAGCAGCGUCUCCUGCCCGGGGUUUCGUGGGUCAGUGCCAGCUCACUGAGCUUCUUUGGGGUGCCAUGCACCAGCCUAGGUUUGGUAGGCGCGCAGUGGAUGGGCACCUCUCACCCCACAGCUCUCCUCCGGGGCAGUUUCCAUAGCUGGGCUUUGCUGUUGGUGCCUCUUGUGCAGCGAAGCCGGCUGUAGCUUUCGUUCUCCUUCACCACGGCAGGAGCAGGCGAGUGGCGUGCUCCCUUGGCUGGGUGAGAAGAGGGGGCACAGGGUUGCGGGGAGCUUGGGUGCUCUUUGAUACACAAGCCAGGAUUGAGGUUCACCUUCCUUGUGGGUGAGGGAGGCAUGUGGUCCUUGGUGUGCCUCUUGCUCUUUGAGUGCAAUUUUAGCUUGAGGCUGGUGCAGUCGUCCUUUGCAUCACUCGUGUUUUGGGGAACGUGUGACAGUUGAUUUUCUGCCCCUCUUUGAGUUGAGUCGUAUUCUUAUCCUCCUUCUGUAGGUGUCUUUUCUCCCUUCCUCCCCCUCUUGUCGAGCCCCAGCUAAUGCUGGGCACCGGAGGGAGAAAAUGUGCAGAAACACAAGGACAGUUGGUCAAAUUCCACUUAUUCCACCAUCCCCAUGGCCUCUGAGUCCCAAAUGAGAUGUCAGGAGGACUCUGGGAGAGGGAAGCCCCCUUUUUCAGGGGAACUGAGGAAGGAGACUUUGGAGCAGAGCCCUUGGUGGUACCUUGCAAUUGCUCCUCGUAGCCCUUGCCGGGUGGGUAAUACAGGUUUUGGCUCAGAGGCAGCGACAGUACCUGCAGUGCAGUGUGAUAAGACAGGGGGAAAAGAGAGUUAGGUUAGGGAGGACAUAGAAAAGGUCUAGUGUGAGAGGUUUUUCCUUUCUCCUGCCUCUUGCCAUCCCCGGCCAUCCACUGCCACACGUCCUCCGAGAGCGACUGCUGGCCAGCAUCUCUCCAGAGCCUCGGCCGGUCCUUUCUGCAAAGCCAGUGCCUCGCAGCAGCUGAGGUAUUGACUCCGUUAACAGGCGACACAUACAGUCCGCCAAAAAACUGGCUGCUGAAUGAUUCCUCCUCCUGCCUGCUUCGCUUCAGGCAGCUUUUCCACUUGCACAACGCUGCGUCUUCAUACAGUAGCUAAUUAUGCUUUGCAUCCCAAGUGCCUUACGUUGCCACGUAGUCUCUCGUACGCUUGAUCUAUGUACUAUAUCAGUAGCUGAACGCCCUCCCUCUUGACAGCGUAUGUACGAUGUAUGCUACGUUUAUGUGUAUUUUUUGUUUUCUUUUCGAUAGAGCUACCAGUAAAAGGGACAGCUUGUUUUGGAAGCAUUUCCAUGUGUUCUUUAUUUUUAUUUUUUUAAGCCUAUAGAUGAUGGGGCUUUUUCUGCCCUCCCCUAUCUUUAGUCCUCAGAAAUCCCCAUCCUCCUCCCGUUAUGCCCAAAUGUGGCAGGAUCCCUGGGGUCCUUUUUUUUUUUUUUGAGCUGAGCCUUUGUUGUAAGGCAAUAAGCGCUGUCAUCCCAGAGGUCUGCGAUCCGCUCUCCGUUGGAGGGGCUGCCACGGGCUGCUUCUGUCUCUGUCCUGUAGUGUGACGUUGCACCAUCCCUCGGCUGCAAGCCUGCAGUCACUGCUUCUAUGUCCGUGUCAUUUCUCAGCAGACCGAGCCUUCUCUUCAGCCCAAAGACUUUCUUUCCCGAACGGAGUAUUUUCAUUGCAGGCCCUUAGUGGUCAGACUUGCCUUGACCGCUCUGCGUACAAAGAUGCCGAGAGCCCACUUCCCUUGGGUGGGUGCUCUUCUGGUGCCCCAUCUUGUCAAGCCCUGUGUCUUCUCCAAAGAAGACCCAACCCCAAACAGGAGCUCUUGUCCACCACAGUGCAGCAACCGUUAAGAGACUGUGUAAAAGUGCAAGUCCUUACUUUCAGUGUAACGCUAGUGCUUGCACCCUUCCUGUGGGCUUGAGGGUGCUUUUGUGGUCUGUGUCCAUUAUCCAGCCUAAGAAGGUCGGGGAUUGAGUAGUCUAUGAUUUUUGGUGCGAAGCAUAGUGUUUUCCCGCCCUAGCCUAGAAGAGCUGUGAAAUACCAGCUGUAGCUCUCUGUUUUUGUCUUAGAUAGUUGGGGAAUGGGCUUGGGAAGAGAAAGGGGCAGAGGAAGAACAAAUGUAGCAUUCCACAUAUAAUUUUUGAGUGACUCCUUUGUUAUGGGGCAUUACAGUUGUGGUUUUGGGAUUUUUUUCCCCAUUGUUUAGGAUUCUUCCUCAUCAUGUUUGGGUUAGUAAUAAAGACAACAAGUUCCAGUUCCCCUGUAGGUCCCCUUACCCUUAACUCACCAUUUUGAAAUGGAUUUUUGGUAGGCUUCCCAGUUGGAGGGAAGAAGGACUACUCUAGGAUGCCUCCCCCUUGCCUCCUCCAAGUGACCCUUGAUGCCUGUAGCUACCCUGCCUUUACUGCAGCGCACGGGGCUUUACAGCAGCCUCAGUCUCUUGCCUUAGAUGAAGUCUUGGUAGAUGGAUCCCAACUUGCAUCAGCAGUAGAUGGAGAUUAUGGGGUUUGAUUUACAGCCUUAUAGUAAACUUCACAAGAGUGUAAUAGGUGGUUGAGCAGGCUUUAUACUCAAACUGUGAAGUAUGUUACAUCGCCUUGGGGCUGCACGUGGGGUUUUGCUGGCAGCGGGGAAGAACGGCUGUUGUAAAAGCCAAGCAGAGGCAUGUAGUUUUCUCUUUAAAUAUGUAGAACUCGACGGACCAAACUUCAGCAAAGGAACGCGAGAAAAAUUUCUGUUCUUCCAUAUUUAUGCUUUAGUGCAAAUUUCCUAAAUUUGGAGGGCGUGUGGGGAAGUAAGUGUCUCUGAUAUUUUAUCCCGUUUGUUCCAUUCUUCCUGUCACUUCAAUUUUUAUACAGGUUUGUUGUUGUUGUUGUUUGUUGUUAAAUGACUUUUGUGAUAAGCUCAACAAAAGUAUUUUUCUGAAAUAAAUAAAUAAAAGGCAUAGAUUCUUCCAUUG